AUGGCUCUCCUCUUCUUGUUUUUCGGCAGGAGUGCAGCCAGAAAAGCGCUGCAACAGGCUGCGAAGGGUGACUCGCCCUUUGCAUCUCUGGAGUCCUCGAACCAAACAGCCGCGCUUCUCCGGAGGCUUGGGGACAAGGAGGGAGAGGCUGCAGCGAUGCUCUUUGGCGUUGCGGAAGCCCGGCUGGAGCAGGGAAACGGCCUCGAGGCCCAAGGGGCCGCGCGCCGUGCGCAGGAGCUCUUCCGUCAGCUAAGACAUCGACGCGGCCGGCUCGCGGCCCUGGACACUCUCACGCGAAGCUUGGGCUUGGACACCUUGGCCACACUUCAGGCCACAGAAGAGGAGCUGAACCUCUUCGAGUCCGAGCAGGAUAUUGCCGGGCAGGUCUCGGCGUACCAGAUCUUGGCGGAUGCUUACAUCGCCAGGAAGAUCUACGGAGAGGCUCGCAGUGCUCUGAGGAAGGCCGUGGACUUGCUGAAAGGAACAGCAGCUGCUGAGCUGGAGGGUCAGACCUUAUUGCUCCUAUCGCAAGUCGAGGACUUCAUGGGCGGGACGGCGGCUGCAUUGAAGUCGGCUGAGAAGGCCUUGAUCGCUGCGAAGUCCAGCAAAGCCGGUGCACUCGUUACGGAAGCUCGGCGGGUCGUCAGCCGCUUGCAGACGAAGUCCGGCCACACAGAGCAGGCUCCGAACCGGCGCGACGCACUAGAAGCCCUUCGCGACUUGACGCAGGCCACGCGCCGGCGCGAUGCGGAUGAGUUCAAAGCUGCUAUGGCUCGCCUGGAAGACCUUUCCGGCUACACCGACGAGGAUGUAAAGGCAGCUCUCAUCAUUGAGGAUGACGAGGAUCAGGUUGGCCUGGUCCAAUUCUUGAAGAAGCACCAGCAGACUUCCGGAGGAGCGCCCAUCUCGAAGAGCCGCAGUUCUGGCUCCAUGGUAAUGACGGGAAUGAGCCACGCUCUGCUCUACCUGUCCUUCCGUAUGGGAGGCUUGGGCUACGGCCCCAGGUUCCGGCGCUGCUAUGGCUACAGAGUCGAGGGGGAGGAAGCCGUCCAUGGGGUUGCCUACCUGAGGCUCUUGUCCUCGCAGGAGGAGUGGGGCAGGCGGAUGGAAACCCAACCUCCGAUCCUUGACUCCAUGCAGCAUUCUCUCAAUGCGAUUGAGCUUGCCGGGAUGGAGAUGGGCACGGCGUGA